CACAAAAUAGACACCAAGAAAAGAGAGAGAGGACUUUGCUGUGGAGUUUCAUCGGAAGUUCGCCGGCGUUUAGGUCGGUUUCCGGCGGAGGGUGGAUUCGACUGAGGAGGUGGUGAGGAAUCACGAUUUGUUCCGGUAAGUUCGAGAGAGAGAGAGUUUGAUUUCAUGAUUGAGACGCAUGAUCAUGGAGAAAACCAGAGAAGCGAGGAGUUCGUCGAGUACAGUCGCCGCAAAUGGAUCCUCACGGCGACGUAGUAGAGCUACGGUCUUUCGAGAUUUACCUGAGGAAGGUCAGGUGGAGUUGCAGGAGACGGUGCGGUUAAGGGAUAAAGGUGCAGGGAAGAGGGAUCGGGAUCGAGAGUUUGCGAGUCGGAGCAAGCGGAGGAGGGGAGGGGCUAAUAGAGAAGAAGAAGUGGAGGAAGAUGAAGGUGGCGAUACGAGUGCUGAAGAUGUGGUUGUUGAUGGAGGAGAUAGUGAUGAGGUUGAAGACGGUGGCGGUGUUUCGAGGAUUCUUUCUUCUGCUACCGCUUCUUCAGCUUCGAAUCAGAACCUGAGGAUGAACUCUCUUCCGCCAAGAGUUGCGAAGCAACAAUGGAAGGUUGUUGACGACGCGAUGAUUGGUGUUCCAGUUCCGAGAAAGGCUCGCACAGCUUCUGUCAAAAGAUCACAUGAUUGCACGGUUUCAGGAAAUAGUGGUGUUGGUGGAGCAGGCGAAGACAUUGCAGACGACCCGAGCCAUCGGAACCCGUCCGAUUCUCCGGCGAGGUCAUCUGCUGAGGUUGUUUCGCCUUCAAUUUUUGCUAAGAAGAAGAUGAAACCAACUGGACCAAAGACUCGAACAAUGAAAGCGUCUAAAGAUUCUUCUCCAUCUACCGAGGGGGAUAUUGAGAUUGAGAUCGCUGAGGUUCUGUUCGGGCUAAAGAAACAACCCCAGUGCUCCAGAAAACAAGAAAUUACUGCGAAGCCAUCAUCGAACCAAGAAACAGAGAACUCCAGUGCUCUUCGUGAGGGUACCAAAUCUCCAGUUACAUCUACAACGGCAAACUCUGCCCAAACUUCCUUCCAAAAAUCUGUUUCACUUCAGAAGAAUGGUGCUAUCUCUGAUUUGUUACUUAAUGUUGCUGUGGAGAAGAAUAAAUCGGAGCAUGAUAGUUCGUCUCCUCUGGCACGGAGCGAUUCGAUGGCUGGUGCGGCUAAAGGCGAAUCCGAGCAACAUGCAGGGAUUGAAGGAGCAUCUGAUUUUGGUAUGAAUCUAGGUUCCCAUGGAUGUCAAACUGUGGUAACUAAGCCGGAGGAAAGUAAACUUACAAAGGAAUUUUUCACUGGUGGAGAUGAAAAUCCGGGGAGCAAGAAAACUGUGUCGACACAAGACGAUUUACCUUCAUGCAUUAAAGGGGAUGUUGGCCCUGAAGAUUCACCACCAUCUAAAUCGAUUCCAGAGGCUGAGACCCAGAAAGAAGAGAAAUUCAAAUUUGAUUUGAUGGCUCCUCCGACAUCUCCAGAAAGGGAUGGUUUGACAGACAUGGUAUUGGAUAUUAAACCUUUGAGUCUGGGACUAGAAAUGGGGAAAGGGACUUCACAUAAGGUUGAAAAUGAAGUAGAAGGAUUUAAGGAAAAAGAAAAAGUGAUCGAUGAAGUUAGAGAUAAGGUGGUGUCAAGUGGGAAAAAAUUUGAUUUCUUCAAGCUAGAUUUGGAGAGACCACAAUUAGACAGCAAUAGCCUCACAAUGCAAGAACAGAGUCAAAAGCAGCAGCAUAAAGGAGCCGCCGGCACAGUUGAAAAAAAUGAACCAUCCACUUCAGUGCGCUUGCCCAUUACUUUGGGUGGCUGGCCAACUGCUGAAAUUCCUCCUGUCGGGUACAUGCCACCCUUUCGGACAAUGCUAUCCGUGGACAGCGGUGACAAAUCAUCCAGCAAACUACAGCAUCCGAAUUUCAUUCUCUCGCACCCUCGGUCAAAGAGAUGCUUGACCCAUUACGACAUUGCUCGAAACAUUUACUUACACCAGCAAUUCACAAAGACGAACUAUUUCCACCCAGCAGCUGAUGCUUCUACAUCUCUUGCAGAGGCUAAGCUUAAAAACUUGUCCUCAAAAGAAGGCAUAAGUUUGGGUAAUCCAUUGCACAGACAUCUUUUGGAUAUGAACCUAAAUACUGCGCAAGCUGAAGGCGACUUUCCGGGCAAUGUGGUAAAUGAUAAAAGCCCCGAGGCUGCGAAUUUUGCCGAUAUGGCUAAAAGUAAGCAGCUUGUAUUUCAGCAGAGGCCCGGACCAUCUUUUGGCAACUCAAUGCCUGGUUCUGGAUUCAUAUUCCCUAUCAGUCAGCAUCAAGCAUCGAUAGCAGCCACAGCAAAUCAAUCUGGGACCACCAAAUCUUCUAAUCAAUCAACAUCACUGUUCAGUAAUCCAGAAGCUGGAACACUUGUGAGCUUUCCAGCAUUACCUGCAGUAUCUAGUAACAUGAGCUACAGUCAUCCGAAUAUGGUUUCGAUUGAAGCUCCAUAUUUGGCAAAACUUCAGAACAACGGCUAUCCAUUCACCUUCUCUACUCCUGCUGGAACAAGCACAACAUAUAGAGCAAACAGUGCACAACCCUUGCCUCUUUUCAAUGGAUCCUUCUAUCCAUCUCAGCUGUUCCAUCCAUCCCAGAUUCAGCCAGCACAAACUCAAUCGCAUCACCAAUCAAGUAGCUCCCAUAAACAACCACAAGCCCAGCAGCAGCAAUGGAGUGUGCAUGUGCCUGGGAACAAUCUAGUGCCAUCAAAUGCUAUGCAAGUAAAACAGUCGACCGAACAGCAUUUGCCACUGUCUAAUCAAUCCCGGAAGCAUGAUGGUGAGACUGGUGGAGAAGACACUGCUGCCCUUUCCGACAAACGGGUAGCUCCAGUUCAGAAAAAUACUUAUGGUCAAAACUUCAUUUUACCUGUUCAGGCACUGGGUUUCACCUUGAUGCCAUCUGCAACAAUGAACAAUGCCAAUGGUGGAAAUAACGGUGAGAAGAAACAGUCUCAUCCACAGAAUUUGAAGAACACAGUUGCCCUAGUUCCUUCUCAGGGACUCACAAUGUCCUUUGCUUCAUAUAAUGGAAACGGUACCCCAUCGAACCUGAACUUCACGCCAAUCGCACAAAAUGCGACGGUCUAUCAGAAUCUUCCUGAUAUGCAGAGGGCAGGAUUUCAGGUAGCACCUGCACCCCAAGCUACAAAACAGAAGAGUCACCAGAGUUCAGAAGGACGGAAUGGAGUUGUUCUGUCCGGUUCCAACGAUAGGAACAAUGGAAAUUCUGCAAAGCCUUCUUCAACUUCAGGGCAGACCCUAGUUUUCAGUAAUUCUGGAAGGACUCUCAACUUCAUGACAUCUUCUGCCCCUGUAAACUGGCCUUCCCCCUCCACCAAAUCUGCUGCCUUAACAACAAACCGAUCUGCUGCUAGUUCGUCGGGUAACCAACAACAGCAACCACUGCUCCAGCUUCCACAGCAGCACAUAUUGCAACAGCAACAGGCAACCAUGAUGUCUCGAACUAAAGUACCAGCUAAUAAUAGCUUGCCCUCAUCGGUCGGGCCCAAGUUUCCUUAUAAUGCCCCUCCUGGCUUCUCGCAACCAUUGAUGCAUUGCGAUGAUUCUGCGCAGAAGAACUCGGGAAGAAUGGUGGCUUCCGUCGUCCCUAUGACGUCUCUCCAUCUUGCUUCCUCCCCUGCCGUCUCUAAGAACUCUCCCCAGCAAAAAGGAAGCACUCCUCAAGGCCAGACCCAGAUAUCGUUUGGGGGAGAUUUCAAGCCAGCUUUUACACAGAUGCAACACAUUCCAACUAGCAGUCACUCUCCAUCCAGCAGUGGAAAAUUAAGAAACACAGGCAGUAAAACCAGUUCAUCGGUUGCUCCCCCGCAACCAAAGCAGGAUGAAAGCUCAUCGACUGGAGGUGGCCAGAAGUCAUCUCCCGUCUGUGGUCGAAAUGUGCCUUCAAUCUUGAACACAUGCCCUAGUCAUCUCUCAGAACUAAAAUACUAGACCCGUUUUUGUUCCAGCAGCUUAGAAAGACUAACAUGAAGUUCAAUUAAUUCCAGCUCCUCCCCAUUUAGAUGUUUUGAUGGAUGAUCCCAAUUCCCAACUCUAUAAGUGGCCUUCUCAAUACCACUAUCUGAUACACUAAUGGAAGAAGAUGAAUCAGAUACGGGAAGCAAACUUAUGGAUUUCCAAGGAGCUCAAACCACAAUGCUUUCGUCUUUUGACUUGCCAAAAGACAACAAAGAAUCAUCGGAGUCCUUCAUCCCGGGAAUCGAAGGCUUGAAUUCGCCAAAACCAUGUCGAGGAUCAUAAUGACAAAUGGGCAUGGAUUUUUGUUGAUCAGUCAUAAAAUUUCAAGCUUUAACUUUAGUGACUAUAAUUUGGUUGGUAGGUUAUGUAUAUUGUAAGUCAUUGCAUAUUAGUAGGGCCAAUUUUUUGGUUUAUAUAUUUAGUGCUAGACAGACUUGUGAAUAUGAUGAUAUUAUACUUGGAAAAAACACUGUAUUCAUUCUUUUUA